AUGGUGUUCUACAAUACUUAUCCUGGCUUCCUGUAUCGCCAGUUCCUAGUCUGCCCCUCCAAGGCUCCGUCUUCUACCUCCCUUCGCGGCAAAGCGGGCAUUGUCACCGGCUCCAACACUGGGCUGGGCUAUCAGGCUUCGGCGCAGUUGCUGGGCCUGGGGCUAUCGCAUCUGAUCCUAGCGGUCCGCAGCAGUUCCAAGGGCGAAGCGGCCCGGAAAUCCCUCCUCGCAUCGCUGCCGGCUUCGGCCAAAGCUCCCGUGGUCGAGGUGUGGGAACUGGAUCUCGGUAGCUAUGCCAGUGUGCUCUCCUUUGUCGAGCGCCUCAAACAGUCCGGGCUGCACGUCGACUUUGCCCUUCUGAACGCGGGAGUGGCCAACUUCCACUUCACGGUCAACCAGGCCACCUCCCACGAGACGAGUAUUCAGGUCAAUUGGCUCAGUACUGCGCUGUUGACCUUGCUUCUGCUUCCGGUCCUCGAUGGCCAGGCCGCCCAGAAUCUGAAUCGCCCUCGUCCGGUCAUCUCAAUUGUGGGCAGCGAAACCGCCGCCUGGGCCAAAUUCAAGGAGGCCCAGAUCGCACAGAGUCAGCGACGGCCUCUGAUCCAGGUUCUCGAUGAUCCCAAGCACUUCAACAUGGGCGAUCGCUACUAUACCUCGAAGCUGCUCUACCAGCUCUUCUUUCUGGAGCUGUUCCAGCAUCGAUCCCCCGGCAAACGCUCCACGGGGGCCAUUCUCAACCUGGUGAACCCCGGCUUUUGCUAUGGUUCGGAACUCCAUCGCACGGCGGAAGGCGCCUUCGGCAAAGUUCUGGGGGGGAUGAAGAGGGUGAUCGGUCGAUCGGUGUCAAUGGGAGCCCGUACUCUGGUUCACUCUGCGGUGCUGGCUGGAGAGCCCUCCAAUGGCCGGUACAUGAGUGACAACAAGCCUGCUCCUUUUGCGGGCUACGGGGAUAGUGACGCCGGGAGAAUCACUCAGGAUCAGGUCUGGGAUGAGACGAUCUCCGAGCUGAAGCAAGUUGUGGAUGUGAAUGAGCUAUUGUCGCAUAUGUGA